AUGAACAAUAUAAUAUUUCCUAAGCAUCAUAAGCAUUCACAGCAAACAUUUUCAGCAUUUUCAACAUCUACAACAACAACUGCAAUUACAGAAAAACUACUUGAAGAAAUCGUGUUUAAGGCUUAUAUUCAUGCUAAAGAAAUUCUUUCUGAUUGUGGAAUUUCUGUUCUUGAUUCCAAAGGAAAAGUGAUAUCUUUUGAAGAAGUGAACCGGCUAGCAUAUAAAAAGCUAGCAAGAUCAAAAUGUAGAACAUCUAAGAAGAAAUCUGGUGCAUCAAAUAAUGAUGAAGAGCAAGACGAGGAGGGCGAAGAGGAAAAUGAAAAUUAUCAACGACAACAGCUCAGCGAACAUUCUAGUGGAAAUGACGCAAUGGAUGAUAAUGAUGAAUUAUUGGGUAUCGAUGAGCUUGAUCUUGAUAUUCUUCCUUCAGUAUCUACUUCUACCAUUCAUGGCAUGCGAAUAUUCGAUUCUAUUGACGACUCUCACAAUGAAUCUUUCUUUUGUGUUGAAUUAAAUGGUGAAAACAAAUAUAUGCACAAGCAGACAGCAAACUGGUACUUUUCUAGAACUAAACCCAUUUUGUCUUCCGAUAGAUUGAAAAGGGUUCAAGAGAAAUAAUGACUUUUCCGUAUUGUUUAUUCAUAUUUAUCUAUUAUUGCUGUUUGUUUUGUUCCGUUUUUUCGAUAAUGCAGCAAUGUGCAGCCUACCGUACAUUUACGAUAAAAUAUCUGAUAAAACGGAAAUAUAAAAUAAAGAAAGUAAAAAGAUACAAUUUUGUUUUCAGUGGAAUGUAUUUAUCCGUCAGACCAAUCAUCACUUCGAAGGGACAUUUAUUCGUAUCUUCUUCUGCUGUCUUAACUGAUAGAGCUAGCAGCAACGCUAAACACGGUGCCAAUAUACUAAACACAAGCAUAAUACAUUUAAGCGGCUUUUUCUGAGAAAAACAACAAUCACAAAGUAUCUCUAGAAGUUUAUAUAUGCAAGAAAUUUACUUGAAUUACUUUGAGAACAAACUCACUUUAAAUCAGAUAAAUUACAUUAAGUCAUAUUAAAUCUUCAUGAAUCAUCCUAAAUCAUCUUAAAUCAUCAUGAAUCAUCCUAAAUCAUCUUAAAUCAUCAUGGAUCA